CAGUGAGAAAAACAGAGUUCGCGCCUCUCUCUUCCUACUCUAUCCCCUAUCCAAAACCCCAAUUGCGCUUCUCGAACUCAGCCAUGGCGGCAGAUCCAACUCAGUUCCAGCUCGCUCAACUCGCCGCCGUCCUCGGCCACGACGCAACUCAAUUCGAAGUUCUAAUCACCACCCUUAUGUCCACUUCCAACGAUCAGCGAUCCCAAGCCGAGUCUCUCUUCAACCUCUGCAAACAAACCCACCCAGAUACCCUAUCUCUCAAGCUCUGUCACGUGCUCUCCUCCUCCCCAAACCCCGAGUCACGUGCCAUGUCCGCCGUUCUCCUUCGCAAACUCCUCACACCCAACAACACCAACGACAAUUCCUUCCUCUUCCCCUCUUUAUCUCCUCAAACCCAAUUGACUCUCAAAUCCUCUCUGUUGAAUUCUAUUGUCACCCAGACAGCGAAAUCAAUCAAUAAGAAAUUGUGCGACACUGUCUCGGAGCUUGCGGCUUCUCUAUUACCCGAAAAUCAAUGGCCCGAUUUCUUACCCUUUUUGUUUCAAUGUGUAACAUCUGAUAAUAUGAAGAACCGUGAGAGUGCGUUGUUGAUUUUUGCUCAAUUGGCACAGUAUAUUGGGGAGACACUGAAUUUACCUCUGGAGAAUUUGCAUUCGGUUCUAUUGCAGUGUUUGGGAACAGGUAUGGAUUCGGAUGUUCGAAUUGCGGCGUUAGGGGCUGCUAUUAAUUUCAUACAGUGUUUAGAAGGGAGAGUGUUGGACAAGUUUCGGGACUUGUUGCCAUUGAUGAUGUCUACGUUGACGGAGGCUUUGAAUUGUGGGAAUGAGGCCGCGGCUAGUGAAGCAUUGGAGUUGUUGAUUGAGUUGGCGGGCACGGAGCCGAGGUUUUUGAGAAGGCAAAUUGUGGAGGUUGUGGGGACAAUGUUGCAGAUUGCGGGGGCUGAGAGUUUGGAGGAGGGUACGAGGCAUUUGGCCAUUGAAUUUGUUGUUACAUUGGCUGAGGCAAGGGAGAGAGCUCCAGGGAUGGUGAGGAAGAUGCCUCAAUUUGUGAGAAAAUUGUUUGAAAUUCUGAUGAAGAUGUUGGAGGAUAUUGAGGAUGAUCCUAAGUGGCACAAUGCGGAUAAUGAGGAUGAUGAGGAUGCGGGGGAGACAGGUAAUUAUGGGUUUGGACAGGAGUGUUUGGAUAGGUUGUCGAUUUCGUUGGGUGGGAAUAGUAUUUUGCCUGUUGCUUCGGAGGUGGUGCCAGUGUAUUUGGCUGCUCCUGAGUGGCAAAAGCAUCAUGCAGCACUCAUUGCGCUUGCACAGAUUGCAGAGGGUUGCUCAAAGGUGAUGAUAACAAAUUUAGAACAAGUGGUGUCAAUGGUUUUGAACUCAUUUCAAGAUCCACAUCCUCGCGUGCGGUGGGCAGCUGUCAAUGCAAUUGGGCAAUUAUCUACGGAUCUGGGUCCUGACUUGCAAGUCCAAUAUCAUCACCGGGUGCUGCCUGCAUUAGCUGCAGCCAUGGACGACUUCCAGAAUCCAAGAGUACAGGCCCAUGCUGCUUCGGCAAUUCUAAAUUUUAGUGAAAAUUGCACUGCAGACAUCCUAUUGCCUUACUUGGAUGGGACGGUGGCCAAAUUGCUUGUCCUGUUACAGAAUGGGAAGCAAAUGGUGCAGGAGGGUGCUUUGACAGCAUUGGCAUCAGUUGCUGAUUCGUCGCAGGAUCAUUUCCAAAAAUACUAUGAUGCUGUUAUGCCUUACUUGAAAGCUAUUUUGGUGAAUGCAACUGACAAGACUAAUCGCAUGCUUCGUGCCAAAGCCAUGGAGUGCAUUAGUUUGGUUGGAAUGGCUGUUGGAAAGGACAAGUUUAGGGAUGAUGCUAAGCAGGUAA